ACGCCGAUCGAGAUUACCUCUUGAAAAGGUUAUGGAAUUGUUUAAGAAAUGGGAGUAUGAAGGUAAAUUGGUAGGACUUAUAACCGUGAAAGAUGUGUUAAAAGAAAGAGCUGAAGAGGAAAAUGAUGUUGAUGACAAUACUCUAGCAGUAAUAGUUAUAGUUCUGGUUUGGUUGUAA